AUGGUAAAACACUGUUAACCGGAGGGGAGUGGCGUAGCGUAUUGCGUUGAAGUGAGAGAGUGGAUGGGGGAGAGAAGGAACGGAAAAGGUAGCGUGAGCUUAGAGGGAGAGAAGGUGAUAUUGGUCCCUUACAUGGAGGCCCACGUGCCCAAAUAUCACGAAUGGAUGAAGGACCCUUCUCUCCUUCAAGCCACUGCCUCCGAGCCCCUCACGCUCCAACAGGAGUACCACAUGCAACUCUCCUGGUCCCAAGACCCUAACAAGGAGACCUUCAUUGUGCUGGACAAGGACUUGGUUCUUGGCGAUUUCUCCCACGGGGAACCCCACCUUGAAGCAAUGGUUGGUGAUGUAAAUAUAUUUAUGAAUGAUUUGGAUAAUCCUCAUGUGGCAGAGGUUGAAAUUAUGAUAGCUGAACCAAAGAGCCGUAGGAAAGGACUUGCAAAGGAGUCUGUUCUGAUGAUGAUGACCUUUGCUAUCAAGAAGUUAGGAAUUACUAGCUUUCAAGUUAAAAUUGGAGACUCCAAUGGAGCAUCACUUGACCUGUUCCAAAAAUUGGGGUUUGUGGAAACUUCAUAUAGCAGCAUCUUCAAGGAGGUCACUUUGGAGUUGCAAAUAACACAGCCCAAGAAGGAGGAGAUGCUUGGUUUAAUGGGUACUGUGAUCAAACAUACAUAAACCUAGCAAUAUCUCACUUCCAAGUUAUAUAUUGGUAAUAGGAUGAUCUCUUUGUUUUUCCAAGUUAUAUAUUGGUAACUAUUAUUACCUUAGUGUAACAAUUUGAAAUUUCAAGUAAAAGAUUCGUAUUUGUAAUACCUGUUUUGCUAUGACCCUUUUUUACCUAUUUGUCUCUCUCAUCUGGAGUAUGAGUUAGUUGCGUAGUGUUAUAGUUUCACUAGGGUUCUAAAAUGUGACUGUUGAUUGCAAGGGAAUCUCAAGUCUCUUAGAUUAGUAUGAA